AGAUGAUUAAUAGCAAUCUCGAGACACCUGUCAUUUGUCACUAGUCACUACACUAGUGCGACUGCGAGGCCGAGUUUACAUGUAGUAGUAUUACCUUUAAGGUCAAAGAUACUAAGGUGAAGAUCGGACACUUCAGUGAUUUUUUGAAAUGCCCGAUAAAUGCUCAUAGGGAAGGACGCCCACUUGCAUAGAUUGUGUCCAACUAACAUGGUCAUCAUGCUACAAAGGAACUUUACCAUGUUAAGGAAACUCUUGUUAUUGGACAAUAGCACAAUACUAAAAGUGCUUCAAAACAACAUACGAAACACGACUUUGUCAGAGAUCAGAUGCAGUCACAGAUUAAGUUGCUCAGUGAAUGCAGCAUCCGCAAGAUACAGUUCAUCCAGUCGUGGGGUCAACUGGGAUAACUUUGGAAUCUGGGGCAACAGGAUCGAAGAGCCCAUCCUUUUACAGCAAAGCAUCAAACAUGGUAUCCCCAUACCAAAAAUAUCUGUUGGGCGCAUCGGAAAGGAAUCCCUCACCGGUCGCAGGGCAGAGAACGAGGAUCGGAUAUGCAUCAAGGAACUCCGUCCAAACCUUCUUUAUGUUGGUAUCUUUGAUGGACAUGCUGGAUCCAUGGCAGUGGACUAUGUGCAUCAUAAUCUGGAGUUUCAUCUCAACUUUUGGUUGGAAAGAGAGUAUGAUUUACAGAUUGUCCUGAAGAAAGCCUUUGAGGAUCUGAACAAUAAGCUGACACGCUAUCUCUACAUUCAUUACCCAGAACCUGAGCAUGAGCAUUCAGGUUCAACGGCUACUGUGGCACUGCUAAGGAAUGGAAAUGAGCUUGUGUUAGGCAAUCUGGGUGAUAGUCGUGCCAUUCUCUGUCGUAAUGGGAAGGCGUUGAGAUUGACUAAUGACCAUGAUCCAGAGUACAAUACUAAAGAAAAGGAAAGGAUCAAAGCGUCUGAUGGAUACAUCACCUGGAACAGUCUUGGAAAGCCCCUUGUGAAUGGUAUAUUGACCAUGACUAGGAGCUUUGGUGACGUCACCCUUAAGAGAUAUGGAGUCAUUGCAACACCAGAAACAAGAUCAUUAGAGGUAAAGCACGGACGAGAUAGCUUCCUAGUCUUCUGCACUGACGGUGUUCACUUUGUGAUGAAUGAUCAAGAGAUGUGCGAUUCCAUCAGUCUAUGUCAUAACGCUCACGAGGCUGCUAGCUUUAUAUGUGAUCAAGCCCUUCAGUUCGGCAGUGAGGACAAUGCUAGUGUGAUCGUAGUUCCCCUGGGGCAGUGGGGACGUGACAAUGGACCCACCCUGAUACACAGUCUCAGAUGGCAAGGCCGAUCAGGAGCUUGAUGUUGGAUAAAAAUCUCUAUCUUCGUCUGUUAAAAUGGUGCAUUUUUAAUCCAGUGCAUGAAGUAUAUGCAUUUUGGAUAAAUAGCUUUAAUUGCUGUGUAAUGCAGGGAUAACUAGCAUCUGGAAAAUUGAAAAGCAUCUCAUCAACAUUCGUAGUCUGACCUUUUUUUCUCGAUUUUGAUUGGCUGAUAAUCACAGUUCCUAUGGUAACUGUCAGAUAAAAUAUAUAGUGUAGGAUAAAAUGUCCUUUAGUGAAACACUCUCAUGAGGAGAUUUCAUCAAUAAUUGUCAUCUGCCAAGUGCUUCAAAUCAAAAUCAAGGAGGGUUAUUAUAUAAUAAUAAUACGGUAAGUACCAUUUCAAUAGUGCUUAAUGCAAUGUUUCUAUCAAAGCACUGCAUGCUAUUACCACAGCUUUAGCACGGCUAUCCUGAUCGGACGCUCAAGCAUUCAAGGAAUUCCUUCCCACCAGGUA